AUGGCUGCUCCCUCGUCGCCCGGGCUCUUCUCAGCUCCCGCGCCCAUCCGCUCCCUCUUCAAGUCGUUCCCGCUGGCCGUGCACCCCGCCGAGGCGCUUCCCGCGCGCGCCGCCACCGAUGCCAGCCUUCUACCACGGCUGUACGUCUUUGCGCACGAGCGCGAUGCCGAGCUGGGCCUACCGAGCUACAAUCCCUCCUGUCUCAAGUGGCAGAGCAACCAUAAGACGAUCCUGCGAAUAGCACAGAUCAAUGUCCGCCUCGUACCGUCCUCGAACCACGCCUCGCCCUCCGGCGCCCUCCCGUUCCUUAUACUACCGACGAGCACAACACCCGCAACAGUUCCUCUGACGGGCGAAAAGAUUGCGCGCUUCGCCAAACAACACGCACCCAGUGCCAACCUAGACGAUCCGUCCCCUCGAAUUGACGCCUACCAGGCGCUCAUUGUCCACAGCGUCCGGCCAGCAUGGCUUCAUUCGUUAUACGUCAACCCCGCAAACGAUACCCUCCUCGAGGCGCUCUAUCUUCCCUCCUCCGCCCUCCUCCGCCCAGCGCAGCGCCAUACCCUCCGCGCAGCUGCCACAACAGAGAUCCUCAAGGCAACGCGCCGCACGACAGGGGGGAUCGAUGCCACCCAGCUCUUUGACGCAGCAGAGGAAGCGUUUGCGGCGCUGGCAGCGCUGCUCGGUGACGCGGAAUGGUUCCUCGGCGCCGAGGCGCCGGGGGUUCUGGAUGCCGAACUCUUUGCCUACUCGCAUUUGCUUGUGGGGGGGCAGCUGCCCAAACGAUAUUGCGCAAAGGGCAGCCUCGAGAAAGGCUACAUGACGACGUUUGGAGGCGCCAACACGCAAAUCAUUGUCAAAACACCCAAGACACCAAACUCCAUAUCAAUUUAA